AUGGAGGUCCCGCGGCGAACGGGCCGUCAAAAACGACCGCGGGUGCCGGAAUCUGCGCGGAAAAGAGCAGCUCAAGCAUGUGUCCCUUGUCGGUAUCACAAAGAAAAAUGCGGGGGAGGCGUGCCGUGCGCGCGCUGCCGUCAGUACAAUCGCUCAUGUCGAUUUGAAACGGCCGCAACGCAGCGGCUGGGCAGAGACACCAACGACAAUGUUACCAGGUCUGCAUCUUCUACGACACAAGACAGGGAAGCUGUUAUGAUCAAGAUAAUCAAACAUUUCAUCGGCGAUGUGGCGACUGACACGGCGAGUUUGCGAGGUAUUGCCGAUGGGCUUGAAAAGCGAAGUCCGGACCACAACAUUCAGAUAAUUUCUGGGACGACAGAACCAGAGCCAGAGAUUUAUUCUCUUGAGCCGCUAUCGAGCAGCGCCAUGCACUAUUAUGGGGAGCUAUCUCAUUGGAACUUUUCGCAAACGCUUCUACGUAGGUUGCGAAGUUUGGGCAGCGGGACGGAACAAACCCAUGGAAUAGAUCAAGUGCGCGGAGUACAUCGUGCGACUGAGCUACAAUCACCUACAUCAGUGGUCUCUUCUGCUAUGGUUUACUUCCCACCAAGGGAUAUCGGAGAGUUCCUCAUCGAGACAUUCCUUCAAUUUGCCCAAACCAAUUACUUCUACUUCGACGAGAGAACGCUGAGACAGAAGAUGGACUAUUACUAUUCCCACGAGCAUGCGCCAACUAUACACGACGCCGGAUGGAUAUGUACCCUUCUCAUGACAUUUGCCAUAGGAACCCAAUUUGCCUACAUGCAGACAAAGCCGACACCGAUGAGCCCUCACCUUUCCCAGAAGAUUCCAGACGAUCGUGCUGGGUUAGAGCUAUAUCGAUUCUCUUGUCGACUGAUUCCUGACCUGAUCACCGUGGCAUCGGUUGAGACGGUGCAGGCCUUCUUGCUACUGGGUAGCUACACGGUGCCGAUCGACACAUCUGGCCUGGCUUACACGUAUUAUGGACUUGCUACUAAGAUGGCGAUUCAGAAUGGCAUGCAUAGGGAUAGCUCCCAUCUCUCGCUUGACCCUGAUACUCUCGAGUGGCGGAAUCGUCUGUGGUGGUCCGCCUACUCACUCGAAAGCAUCCUACAUGGACGACCAGUAUCUGUCUCUCGUCUCGAAGUCGAUGCGCAGUUUCCGACCGACCAAGCCUUACCCCUCCCGACCGGAAGAGCUUCAAACCUAGAGAACGUGAACGCAAACAUUUUCUUAACGGGCCAGUUGAGCAAGGUAUCCCAAACCAUUAUGCGCCUACGGGGCUGUCCACGCUUUCAGCAAAAGGGCCACCUUCAAGAGCUGAUGGUGAUCCGGUCUAAUCUCAGCAAGUGGUGGUCAACCCUUCCGGCCGAAGUCCACUGCCGAGAUCUGACCCCAACUGGACCUCUGUUCCGCUGCAAUGUUCACCUGGAGCUGAGCUAUGAUACCGUGAUAAUAUACAUGGGCCGUCCAUUCAUCUUCGCACCAAAGCCAAGUCACCCGUUGCCAUCAGGUUCUAGCAGUGAGAGUCCCAUUAACACGCUUUCUGGCGACUGCCUCGACGCUGCGAUCCGAAUCAUCGAUCUCUGCCAGCUUCUGCAUGACUCGGUCGGGAUUGCCCGCGUCUCAUAUACAGAAUUCAGCUCCUGCCGCGCGGCACUCCUUGCAUUGAUAGCGCAUAGCCUAAACCAACAGACAGACCGAGUCCUGAACAGCCUGUCUCAAGGUAUGAUCCUUAUUCGACAAAUGUGCGUGGGUGUUGAAUCCGCCCGAUCGGAUGUGGCCGCUAUCGAAGCAUUAGAACUGGCUCGUCAGCGGCUGCAGCGGCAGGGGGAUCGCAAGGAACAAUGGAGGCACGAUGCACACUCAGGAUAUAGUCAGUUCCAGCGAUGGGCACAGCUUUGGCAGCCUGAUAGUCUCACCUCGCACUCAAUGCCGACUCCAGGGCCUGGCUCUUUGGCCGAUCUCCCCGAGAAUUUAACACCGCCCUCCUUCGAUGGGUUCUUUGCCUCCUUGCCGCAAGAGCUGGACUCUUUUGCGACCAUCACGGGCUCAGAUCAGCUGUUCUUGGAUGAUAGUUGGCUUGGAGAGAUAGGCAGUUCUAUCUUGCCUGAGGAAGGCAAUAUUCCUCUCGGUCAAGGGCUGUGA